AUGACUUAUGAAAUUGAUUGUGUGUCUGAUGAUGGUCGUACUCGUCAAUUCAUUGCGUUUAAAAACAUGAAUACUAACCCGCGAGAAUAUUAUUGGCCAGUAAAUGUAUCUCCUGGCUUUUAUCACAUAGAGAUAAAUAACCUAGAUUCUAAUACUUUUAUUGUUAAUCAACAAGAAAAAAACAUAAAUAAUAUUAAUUAUAGAGGUCGUUCAUACAAAUGCGUGGAUACUGGUGAAUCUAAUGAUGAAUAUGAAGCACCUCCUCCUGAUGAUGAAUAUGAAGCACCUCCAGAUGAUGAAUAUGAAGCACCUCCUGAUGAUGAAUAUGAUACACCUGAUGAUUCUUUCUGA